UUUCUCCCUCUCCCUCUUCAGAAGUUCAUCCUUCCAUUCCUCUCUCGCUCUCUCGCUCUCUCGCUCUCUCCCUUGUCUCUCAUUGAUCCUUUCUCGCACGUGCCCAAAAUGGUCGCAGGUGCAGAACCAAUCCAGAACGGCGGCCACACGCCUGUGAAAUUCUCCUAUGGCACCUGUGAAGAUGAUCCCUUGAACUGGGCGAAGGCAGCAAAGGAGCUUCAAGGCUCCCACUAUGAAGAGGUGAAGCAAAUGGUGGAUCGGUUCACCAAAUCUAACUCGGUCGUCCUUCAAGGUCAGAACCUCAGAGUCGCUGAUGUGGUCGCCAUUGCCCGUCGUCAACCGGACGUUACGGUCCGUCUCGAUUCAAACGUUGCAAAGCCACGCGUCGAUGAGAGCUCCAACUGGGUAAUGGCUCAGUCUUGCAAAGGCACUGAUACCUACGGUGUCACAACCGGGUUUGGUGCCACCUCGCAUCGACGAACCAACCAGGGGGUUGACCUCCAACGUGAGCUGAUUCGGUUCUUGAACGCCGGCGUUAUAAUCGGUGAGGGUAACGAACUCCCCGGUGACGUCGCACGUGCAGCCAUGCUUGUGCGAACCAACACUCUCCUGCAAGGCUACUCUGGCAUCAGAUGGGACAUUCUUAGCACCAUCAUAGACCUCAUCAAUGCCAGCCUCACACCACUACUCCCCUUACGAGGCACCAUCACCGCCUCUGGUGACCUCGUUCCACUAUCCUACAUCGCAGGCGUAGUCACCGGUCGUCCCAACUCCCGCGUCCGGACCCCUUCAGGAGAACUAAUAUCUGGGUCGGAAGCUCUAACCCGGGUCGGGUUGGAGAAACCGUUCGAGUUACAACCCAAGGAAGGGCUUGCCAUCGUGAAUGGGACCUCGGUGGGAGCGGCACUCGGUGCGAUCGCGUGCUUCGACGCAAACGUACUUGCAGUGUCAGCAGAGAUCACAUCAGCGAUGUUUUGCGAGGUAAUGCAGGGAAAGCCGGAGUUUACCGACCCGCUGACCCACCGGUUGAAGCACCACCCGGGGCAGAUGGAAGCAGCGGCUGUGAUGGAAUAUGUACUCGCCGGAAGCGUGUUGAUUAAACACGCGGCAAAGCUUCAUGAGUUCAAUCCGUUACAUAAGCCGAAACAGGACCGAUACGCGCUACGAACAUCUCCACAGUGGUUGGGUCCUCAGAUAGAGGUGGUAAGGGUGGCAACCCAAAUGAUCCAAAGAGAGAUAAACUCAGUGAACGACAAUCCAGUAAUCGACGUCGCCCGUAACAAGGCUCUUCACGGUGGCAAUUUCCAAGGAACCCCAGUCGGAGUUGCCAUGGACAAUGUCCGCCUCUCCGUGGCGGCGAUCGGGAAAUUGGUGUUCGCUCAAUUCUCCGAACUGGUCAACGACUACUACAAUGGUGGGUUACCGUCGAACUUGAGCGGCGGGCCAAACCCAAGUCUAGAUUACGGAUUUAAGGGUGCAGAGAUUGCCAUGGCUUCUUAUACUUCGGAAUUACAGUAUCUAGCAAACCCGGUGACGACUCAUGUCCAAAGCGCUGAGCAGCACAACCAGGAUGUGAACUCGUUGGGUUUGGUUUCUGCAAGGAAGACAGCUGAGGCGCUUCAUAUUCUCAAGCUGAUGACUGCGACUUACUUGGCAGCGUUGUGCCAGGCCAUCGAUCUACGUCAUCUUGAGGAGAAUCUAAGGCAUACUGUUAAGACAGUUGUCGCCCAGGUGGCAAAGAAGACAUUGAGCACUGGACCAAAUGGUGUGCCACUACCGGGUCGGUUCACAGAGAAAGGCCUGCUCCAGGUGGUGGAGAACGUACCCGUUUUCAACUAUGUAGAUGAUCCAUGUCGACCCGAUUACCCUCUGAUGCAGAAGCUCCGGAACGUAUUGGUUGAACACUCACUAGGAGGCCUAAAUGACACAGAAGAGGUUAAUAUGUCACCCAAAUCCAGUGUGUUUGGACGGAUCAAACUCUUCGAAAGUGAGCUUAGGGAGCAGUUGGGCCCACAGCUUAAGAUCGCACGUGCUAAAUACGAUAAUGGGACUGCCCCUAUUCCAAACCGGAUCGUGGAUUGCCGGUCCUACCCGGUUUAUAAGUUUGUCCGAGCGGUGCUUGGGACUGCGCUGUUGAGCGGGACUAGGAAAGUGUCCCCUGGAGAGCAGAUCGAGGCCGUCCAUGCAGCCAUCUGUGAUGGAAGGCUUAUGACACCUUUGAUGGAGUGCUUGGAUGGGUGGACCCAGAGACCAGGAUCAUUUUGAUUGGUUUGUGCUUUUUUUUUUUCACCUUGGUAGGAGGAAAUGAUAAUAAAAUAUAAACGUUCAUUUUUAUUUAUGAUCUUCAAAAUGUUCUUGUUGUCUAUAUAUUGCCCCAAAAGAUAAAGAAAGUGGUUGAAAAAAACUUCAAUAUC